AUGGUGAACAUAACGGAGAAGAUCAAGGAGAUUGAGGAUGAGAUGAAAAGGACGCAGAAGAACAAGGCGACAGAAUAUCAUCUUGGUCUUUUGAAGGGAAAGCUCGCACGUCUACGAGCGCAACUUCUUGAACCUGGUCCCGGAGCAGGUGGAGGUGGCGGCGCUGGUUUCGAUGUGAGCAAAAGUGGCGAUGCGCGAAUAGCGCUUGUCGGCUUCCCGUCCGUCGGAAAAUCCACUUUUCUGUCCAAAGUGACAAGAACGAAGUCCGAGGUUGCCUCGUACGCCUUCACGACCCUAACCGCCAUUCCUGGAGUGCUCGAAUACGGCGGCGCGGAAAUCCAGCUCCUCGAUCUGCCCGGUAUUAUUGAGGGCGCUUCCGAAGGCAAAGGUAGAGGGCGACAAGUUAUCUCGGCUGCGAAGACGAGCGAUCUCAUUCUCAUGGUGCUGGAUGCGACGAAGAGAGCAGAGCAGAGAGCUUUGCUAGAAGCCGAGUUGGAAGCUGUUGGUAUUCGGUUGAACAGAGAGCCACCAAACAUAUAUCUCAAGGUCAAAAAGGCCGGUGGCGUGAAGAUCACAUUCCAGUCCACGCCGAAGAACAUAGACGAGAAGAUGGUGUUCAACAUUCUCCGCGACUACAAGAUGCUGAACUGCGAGGUCCUGGUGCGCGACGACGAGGCGACGGUGGACGACCUGAUCGACGUGAUCAUGAAGGACCACCGCAAGUACAUCAAGUGCCUAUACGUGUACAACAAGAUCGACAGCGUCUCGCUCGACUUCCUCGACAAGCUCGCGCGCGAGCCCCAGACCGUCGUCAUGAGCUGCGAGCUCGACCUCGGCAUCCAAGACGUCGUCGAGCGCUGCUGGAAGGAGCUCCAGCUCAUCCGCAUCUACACGAAGCGGAAAGGCGUCGACCCCGAGUUCGGCGAGGCCCUCAUCGUCCGCAGCAACGCCACCAUCGAGGACGUCUGCGAUCGCAUCCACCGCACGCUCAAGGAUACGUACAAGUAUGCGCUGGUAUGGGGCGCCAGUGCUAGACAUGUCCCGCAACGGGUCGGGCUCGGACACUUAGUGGCGGACGAGGAUGUGGUCUACAUAGUUAGUGGGUACAAAGCAUAG